GCGGGGACGAGCCGCUCCCCGGUGCGGGGCGGCCCCCGGCAGCGCUCCGGAGCCGCGCUGCGGGGCUGGCCGCCGGCCAGGCGCUCCGCGGGCGGGGGCGAGGUGCGCCCCUUCUCCCCCGCCCCAGCCCGCCCUCCGCCCGGCCCGGCCCACCCCGCCCCGCGGCUCCCGCGGCCCGGCGGGGCCCAGGCUCCGCCGCGCUGUGCACAGCCCGGGGGGCACGGCCAGCGCCAGCCGGGGGAGCGGGAGAGGCCGCGCCGCUGCUCCCGGCGACUGAUUGCCAGGCAGGGGAAGCGCCGCAGCUCGGUGCCCGCCGAACACCUGUCAGCCCGUGGAGCCUGAUUGAUACCUGGCCCUGGCAGCCUCUCUGCUGGGGAUUUCCCCCGCGUCCCACUUCUUUUUUUUUUUUUUCUUUCCCCUCCUCUCUCCUGCCCCCUCCCUUCCUGGAGCGGUGUGAAAGGGGGUAUUUUCUUCAGGGUAUAAAGCUGAGAAUACAGAGGAAGAGAGGCUAAGAGCUUCACCUCAUUGCCUCAUUCUCCCUUUCAUGUGAACAUCCUGCAACAUUUCCUUCAUCCUGCCGCACCUCUCACCUGGCCAGCGCUGCCCAGAUCAUGUCCGCUAAGCUCCUGCCGGUUUUCUUCCUCCUCUCAGUGUUUCACGCCUGUUCUAGAAAGGUUGAAGAGGAUGAAUAUGAAGAUGGAACAGCUAACCAAAAAUGGGUUUUAGCUCCAAGAACACAAGACACAGAUGUGACUCUCAUACUAAACAAGCUGUUGAGAGAAUAUGACAAAAAGCUACGGCCAGAUAUUGGAAUAAAACCAACAGUUAUUGAUGUUGACAUUUAUGUCAACAGCAUUGGUCCUGUAUCAUCAAUAAAUAUGAGAAGAACAAACCUAUGA